UGGGGGCGGGACCGCGCGGCGGCGAGCGGGGCGGGGGGCUCGUGGAGCGCGCGCCCCGCACCCGAGGGCUGCGGAGAGAUAUUUUGGGUGGCAGGAGGCCCCUCGUCAUUUCCGCCGGGCGGCUCGUCGUCGUGCCGGGGGCUCCACUCCCGCGCGCCAGGCGAGCGAGCGGGCAAGUUGGCUGCGGCCGUGCGCCGGCGUCUCUUCCCUUCCCCGCCGCGACCCUCGGCGGCUCGAGCCAUGAACUGAAGCCCCUCGGGACGCACACCCCGGGCUGAGCCGCGGACGCUGCAGCUGCGGUGGCAGCCUGGGCUGGGACAGAGCCGACCCCGGCGCGUUAUCCCGGCCGGCCGGCUGGCCGUCGCCGCUCCCACCGCGGCCGCCUCCGACGCUCCAGCCUCCGGACGGACACACAAAAGCCACCCUCUCCCUGUCGCCCACCCCAGGAGGCUGCGGCCGGCCACUGACCCCACCUGAGGGCGCAGCGGGCUGCGGACUUGGCUUUCUGUCCGAGCUCCGCGUCCCACGCGGCACCAACCCCGCCGCCCAUGGCUCUGAUAAUGGAACCAGUGAGCAAAUGGUCUCCGAGUCAAGUAGUGGACUGGAUGAAAGGUCUCGAUGACUGCUUACAGCAGUAUAUUAAGAACUUUGAGAGGGAGAAGAUCAGUGGAGACCAGCUGCUACGCAUUACACAUCAGGAGCUAGAAGAUCUGGGAGUCAGCCGUAUUGGCCAUCAGGAGCUGAUCUUGGAGGCAGUCGACCUUCUGUGUGCACUGAAUUAUGGCUUAGAAACAGAAAAUCUAAAAACCCUUUCUCACAAGUUGAAUGCGUCUGCCAAAAAUCUACAGAACUUCAUAACAGGAAGGAGGAGGAGCGGCCAUUAUGAUGGGAGGACCAGCCGAAAAUUACCAAAUGACUUUUUGACCUCAGUUGUGGAUCUGAUUGGAGCAGCCAAGAGUCUUCUUGCUUGGUUGGACAGGUCACCAUUUGCUGCUGUGACAGACUAUUCAGUCACAAGAAAUAAUGUCAUACAACUCUGCUUGGAGUUAACAACAAUUGUGCAACAGGAUUGCACUGUCUAUGAAACUGAAAAUAAAAUUCUUCAUGUGUGUAAAACUCUUUCUGGGGUCUGUGACCACAUCAUAUCCCUGUCGUCAGAUCCUCUGGUUUCACAGUCUGCUCACCUUGAAGUGAUUCAGCUGGCAAAUAUCAAACCAAGUGAAGGGCUGGGUAUGUAUAUUAAAUCCACAUAUGAUGGCCUCCAUGUAAUUACGGGAACCACAGAAAAUUCACCUGCAGAUCGGUGCAAGAAAAUCCACGCUGGGGAUGAAGUGAUUCAAGUCAAUCAUCAGACUGUGCCUCUUAUACCUAGAAGUCCCACAAGCAGCGUUGCCACGCCUUCCAGCACCAUCAGUACACCCACCAAAAGAGACAGUUCUGCUCUCCAGGAUCUCUACAUCCCCCCUCCUCCUGCAGAACCAUACAUUCCCAGGGACGAAAAAGGAAACCUUCCUUGUGAAGAUCUCAGAGGACAUAUGGUGGGCAAGCCAGUUCAUAAGGGAUCUGAAUCCCCCAAUUCAUUUCUGGACCAGGAAUAUCGAAAGAGGUUUAACAUUGUUGAAGAAGACACUGUCUUAUAUUGCUAUGAAUAUGAAAAAGGACGAUCAAGUAGUCAAGGAAGACGAGAAAGCACACCAACCUAUGGCAAGCUACGACCUAUAUCUAUGCCAGUCGAAUAUAAUUGGGUGGGGGACUAUGAAGAUCCAAAUAAGAUGAAGAGAGAUAGUAGAAGAGAAAACUCUCUACUUCGAUACAUGAGCAAUGAAAAAAUUGCUCAAGAAGAAUACAUGUUUCAGAGAAACAGCAAAAAGGACACAGGGAAGAAGUCAAAAAAGAAGGGUGAUAAGAGUACUAGCCCAACUCACUACUCCUUGCUGCCUAGUUUGCAAAUGGAUGCAUUGAGACAAGACAUCAUGGGCACACCAGUGCCAGAAACCACACUGUACCAUACAUUUCAGCAGUCCUCUCUGCAGCACAAAUCAAAGAAGAAAAACAAAGGAGCUAUAGCAGGCAAGAGCAAAAGAAGAAUUUCUUGCAAGGAUCUUGGCCGUGGUGACUGUGAAGGAUGGCUUUGGAAAAAGAAAGAUGCAAAGAGCUAUUUUUCACAGAAAUGGAAGAAGUACUGGUUUGUCCUAAAGGAUGCAUCCUUGUACUGGUAUAUUAAUGAAGAGGAUGAAAAAGCAGAGGGAUUCAUCAGUCUGCCUGAAUUUAAAAUCGAUAGAGCCAGUGAAUGCCGCAAGAAAUAUGCAUUCAAGGCCUGCCAUCCUAAAAUCAAAAGCUUUUAUUUCGCUGCUGAGCAUCUCGAUGACAUGAACAGGUGGCUUAAUAGAAUUAACAUGCUGACUGCAGGAUAUGCCGAAAGAGAGAGGAUUAAACAAGAACAAGAUUACUGGAGUGAGAGUGACAAAGAAGAAGCAGAUACUCCAUCAACACCAAAACAAGACAGCCCUCCACCCCCAUAUGACACAUACCCACGGCCUCCCUCUAUGAGUUGUGCCAGUCCUUAUGUGGAAGCAAAACACAGCCGGCUUUCCUCCACAGAGACCUCUCAGUCUCAGUCUUCACAUGAGGAAUUUCGACAGGAAGUUACUGGGAGCAGUGCUGUGUCCCCCAUUCGCAAGACAGCCAGUCAGCGCCGCUCCUGGCAGGAUUUAAUCGAGACGCCACUGACAAGUUCAGGCUUACACUAUCUUCAGACUCUGCCUCUGGAAGAUUCUGUCUUCUCUGACUCGGCAGCCAUCUCCCCUGAGCACAGGCGGCAGUCCACUCUUCCAACUCAGAAGUGCCACCUCCAGGAUCAUUAUGGCCCAUACCCUUUAGCUGAGAGCGAGAGGAUGCAAGUGUUGAAUGGCAAUGGGGGCAAGCCUCGAAGUUUUACUCUGCCUCGAGAUAGCGGGUUCAACCAUUGCUGUCUGAACGCACCAGUUAGUGCCUGCGAUCCACAAGAUGACAUACAGCCACCAGAGGUGGAGGAAGAAGAGGAGGAGGAGGAAGAGGAGGCAGCAGGAGAAAACAUAGGCGAGAAAAAUGAAAAUAGGGAAGAAAAGUUAGGAGACUCCUUGCAAGAUUUAUACAGGGCACUGGAGGAAGCCAGUCUGUCACCACUAGGAGAACAUCGCAUUUCAACCAAGAUCGAAUACAAACUAUCGUUCAUAAAACGAUGCAAUGAUCCUGUGAUGAAUGAGAAGCUGCACAGGCUGAGAAUUCUUAAAAGCACUUUAAAGGCCAGAGAAGGGGAAGUAGCCAUUAUUGAUAAAGUCCUAGACAAUCCAGACUUGACAUCUAAAGAAUUCCAACAAUGGAAGCAGAUGUACCUCGACCUUUUCUUGGAUAUCUGUCAAAACACCACCUCAAAUGACCCACUAAGUAUUUCUUCUGAAGUAGAUGUUAUCACUUCCUCUCUAACACAUACUCAUUCGUACAUUGAGACACACGUGUAAGUGCAUUCUCACUCGAGGCCAUCUAGUACCUGCUGGUACUCUGAAUAAGUACAUAAGGUAGUUUUUUAUCAGUGUGUUGGAUACUUGACAAGCUAUACUUUAAUGUUACCAAACUAUAUGAAACAAAGCAUACAUGGUCACAUUACCACUGUCUUUAAAGAGCAUUUGUAUGUUUUAUAUGCAGUCAGUGCUCAGCUUAUGUUUACUGUGUGCGAAAUCAACUAUCUUUAAUGACUUAAAUUAACUUUUGCAGACAAUUCUGAAAACAGGUGAUCUUCAAGUAGAAAAAACACAAAAAGGCAGUUUUCUAUUUGAAGUCAUCUCUUCUCCCUUUAAGUUAAUUUUAUAUAAAUGAGACUUCAAACGUAAAUCAAAAUUUUUUCAGGUGCAGACAUCCUUGUGGGUGGGAAAGAAUUUAAACCUUUUUAUAUUUAUUAAAAUGUUCUAAGAAUUUUCUUAAACAUUGCACAAAGUUUAAUGCUGUAGUUUUAUUUUUAUGAAAUGUAGGUGUGUAUAAGAGUUAAGCAAACUAGAAGAGCAUGAACAUAAGAAAAGUUCAGGUCAAAUAUCUGUCUUAACAGUCUAUUAACUCGUGCUAACUGGUUAAUGGAGGUUCUAGUCCAAAUCUAUGAGAACACUGCAUGGUGUAUCAGGGCAAAGCUUUGUAAGAUGUUUUUGUAACUAAGACCAAAAUUGAAGAUAGAGCUGCUUUAUUUUCUUGGUUUAAAUCUUCCUUUAUUUUUGUAGUGAUGAAAUGCUGAUUGUGUACAGAAGAACUUAAGAAUGGAUUUUUUAAAACAGACUUAACUCACCCAGAAAGGCAGCUAACAGCUACACCACACACACACACACACACACACACACACACACACACACACACACACACACAAUUUCAGCCCAAACGUGUCUUUUGACUCUUAACUUUUAAAAGACAAGGUAUACACUGAAAUGAGUACAUUUUCCAGGCAGUUUCCAAUUUUCUCUCGGUCUGUAACUAAACUUCUGUAAUUAUACAUCAGGCAAGGAAGCAAAAUGCAGUUUGGUGGUGGCAGAUAGAAGCUACAGUAGAGAAAACAAUGUUGAAAAAUCAUUAAUGGAUUUCUCUACUAAGGAAAAGAGAGGAUGGCAGUCAUUCAGGGAGUUAUUACAUUGAGUAGCCUGAGAUCAAGCACUUAGAGUUUUUCCUAGAGUCCUGAACUGUUUAUAGAGCGGGUGGAGUCUAUGAAAAAGUCCUCUUCACAUAUUGCCAUUUCUGUGUCUAGUUUUGGAAAGUGACCACAGCAUGAAAGUGACUUGCUGCUUUUUAGUGUGUGGCUGCAUAAUAUACAAGUCACAAUUUGCUGUUUUUUCAGGAGGAAAAGACCCUCCUUUACUAUUCUAUAUCCUAAAAUCUACUUCUGAUCAGCUUUAUCCUGUUGCCUGUACAGCUCAGUGAAUGUAUUUACAUCUCUAAGAGUUCAGAUAUAUGCCAGUGAAUAUUUUUGCUGUAGAGAAGAAAGUAAAAACUACACAGCGGGAUCUUUUUCUUUGCUUUUGAAAUCACGUUAAAUCACUCUCGUUUUGCAGACUUUGCACAACUGUACAGGAAAGUGGCCUUUCUACAGCGCAUUUUCAGUAAUCCUAUAUUUAGUCAAAAUGGAUGAGAAACAUGCAUUAAUGUUUGUAUGGAGUUGUGGGUCCCGUGUAAUAUUUUUAUCAUUUAGAAAACCCUAUUUGUAAAAAAAAAAAUUUAUUUACUGCAUGGUUAUUGACGCACAUUAAAUUUGUGGGAUUUUGUAUAUGUAAAAGAAAGAGAGAAAGAGAGAACAAAGAACAAAACCCCUCUUGUGGUAAAUUGAAGUGUGCUUGUUACAAUUCUUUAGGCAUAUUGAUGUUUACUAGACCAAUGUGUAUCUUCACUUAAAAUUAUUUGUACAUGACGGAUAUGUUAUAUACAGUGGACAAACAGCCUGCAAGCAACAGGCAGUUGGUGGGAAGACUAGCUCUGUGGCUAGUAAGCAGCUUCUACUUUUGUAAAGUCAGCUGUUAUUUUACUGGUAAAAAAUUAAACUCAUGAAUUUUGUAAGACUGGUGAGUUAUCAGCCUAGCCUAGCGUGAAAGAGACCUUUUAACACUAUAUACCUGUGCAUUUGAUUGCAUUAGUUUCAAAUCUAGGAGAGAGGCAGCACUGUAAACUGAAGUCAAAUAAAUUCAGCUCUUAAUGAAUCCUUAUAAAGCACCUACUUUAUUCAUGCAAAGGGCUUACCACAUUUUUCUGUGACCUAAUCAUACAGCCACCCUCACUACCACCACCCCAGUUACAAGUUCUCACUUUGCCACCUCACUGAUAGCACAAGCCAGAAGUAACACCUGUUCAGAGCUCACCAAGGUCUCCUCUGAAAUUCUGAAACCUCAAGCUGUCUUCACACUGACCUAAUGUAACCUUGAAAACUUCACCUACUCAUUCCUUUUCUGUGAGCCUUUGGGGAACGAAGAGUGAAACCACCAAAAAUACGCUAAUUUUCUUCUUACAAAUUUAGUGUACUAUGGCUAAAUGAAAUAUAUCUAAACUAAUAAGCUGCCAGUAUAAAAGCAGAUGAAACAGGACAGAAAAAUUAUUAACCAAAAAUAGUUUCUAAAAGAAAUGCUUUUUAUGGUUUUUUUUCCCUCUCAGUUCCAUGUCAGUAUGAAACUGUGAAAGCAGAACUAUAACCAUGGCCCUGCACCAUAAAAAUAAUUUUGGCACAACCAUUCCAUACUGUUUAACAAAGGUGUGUAUAUGCGUACACACAUACACACACACACACACACACACACACACACACACACAUAAACAAACCUUCACAAUUUCAUCCAACACUGUCUACUGGGACUAUUAAUAUAGUUACUGUAGCCAACAAUUUUCUGUGGUUUGUGUGUACUAGUACAUUCUUUGGAUGGGAGAUAUGAAAAUAUUCACAGGUACUUGAAAAAACAGCUUAGGGGGAGAAAUAAGGUCCUAUUUUAUUUUCCGAUUCCACCUGUAGGCCAGGAUGAGUCUGUCUUUCUGAGAACUCUUCGGUUAACUAAAGCUGGUUCAUUAUCUUUGCAUUUGACCAUUCCUGGCCGACUUUUGCAGUUGAAGGGGAAUAGUUAUUCUUUGGUCAAGGCCUUGUUUGCCUCUUUACCCUUCAGAAUUACUCUAUCAGAGUCCUCUCAGGGGAAAAAAGCCUUGCUCUUCAGGCAAGGUCAAGAACAAUUUUCUCUUGGAUCCUCUGAAGACUGGACUCACCCAUUCAAUCCAGCACUAAAUUUGGCACCUCUCCAAUCUCUCCCUCCCUUGUCUCCUCCGCACCCUCUGCCAGCUGCAACACUGCACACCGAAGGCCACUCCAUGCCCAGGGUAGCACACAGCCUAUGUCUUCCCAACGGUCCAGGUCAAGGUCAUAGCCUACUACAUUACGGGUUGGCACCUGGCGUGAAUCCCGCCACUUAAGACCACCCAACAGCAGCACUGUCUCUUCUACCACAGCAAGUCCGUAGCAGAAGCGGUCAUAGGGUAGUGACCGCAACCGAGUCCACUGGUCUGUGCUGGGAUCAUAGCGUUCAAUCUCAGAGAAGGGCUCAUAUCUUCCCAAAAACGCAAACACUGCACCUCGCAGCACCGCAAGGUAGUGCCCAUAACGAGCUGUGCCCAUGGGUGCCCUCUUGCUCCACACUCUCUCUCCAGGGCUAAGGGAGUACAUAUCCCGGAGGCUACUGGUGCCUCCUUCACCUCUCCCAGCCUUGCCCCCGGAGAUGUAUACAACACCAUGGUCCCCAACAGCACCUGCGUGACCAUGUACUGCCCGAGGUAGCUCCCCAGCUGCCACCCAGCGGUCCCUGCGAAGGUCAUACAUCUCCACUGAGGCCAGUGCCUCACCACAGGUGCCCAGGCCUCCAACAGCCAGGAGACUCUCGCCUACCACACCACACCAGAAGUAGGCUCUUGCUUCUCUCAUGGCAGGCACCUCUGUCCAAGUGUGGAAGCGCGGGUCAUACCGGUGCACUAAGGCUGUGACUGACCUUGAGCCAUCAGCCAGGGAACUAGAUGGGCUGCCAGAAAGGCUCUCCCCUCCAAGGACAAAUAGGAAGUUGCCGAUGGUACAUACACUGUGGCCUAGCAGUGGUGUAGGCAGCUGUGUUAAGGUGUGCCAGCUGUGGUUGUACACAUCGAAGGACACUACAUCCUGAGUGAGCUCCCACUCCUUCUCCUCCUCCAUCUCUUCUUCCUCUUCUCCCUCCUCUUCCUCUGGUUCAGGUGCAGGGCGCCGAUUCCGAACUACCUCUGGUAGGACCAUGAUUUCCUCAGUUACAGUCUCCCUAGCUCUGAGACCACCAACUAAUAAGAUACGGGUCUGGGGACUCCGGACACUGGUCUGUUCUCCCUGCAGAAGCGGCUGGCUGGAGGGUGCUGUGUGGUAAUUGAGGGCCUGGAUGAUGAGGCUCUUGAUCCUAGUAGGUAAUAUAAGACCAGAGCCCGAGUACAUGCGCCGCAGGACACUAGCAGGCACCAGGCCAAAGCGUAUGCAUCCAAGCAGUGUUGAACUAUGUGCCAGGCGCUGGGUCGUGGGCUCCUGCUGCAGCCAGGCUAGUGCUAGGCGCAGCAGCCGCGUCUCGGCCACCCGUGCUACAUUGGGGGCACCCAGCACAGCCUUCAUUGAUAUAGGAUUGAGUUCCAACAGCCCCGAGGGCCCAGCGCCCAUCAGUAACAGCUCCCCCAGGUGGCGCACAAUACAGUGCUCUGCUGCACCUAGGGUGCGGGCCAGGCCAAAGCGAGCUGCCACAUUAGCAGUGAAGCAGCAAUUCUCUGGGGUAAGCUGGCGUUCCAAGUAGUGGGCACAUAGUCCUAAGGCCUCGGUGACUUGCAGGUAGCUGGCAGCCUCCAGAGUGUCCUCCACAGUGUCCAUGGAGAGGGGCAGCCAGGCAGUGUAGAUGAAGUCCAGCAGGCGCUGUAGGCCGGCCGCUGAAGGCACAUGCAGGUGAAUUACGCGAGCCCGCGAUUCCUGAGUGUGACUCUUGAACAGAGCCCUGAAGUAGUCGCUGGAGCAUGCCAGAAGUGACCUGUGUGCUGGGAACUCACUGCCCUCAGCCUCCAGUGUCACAUCGCACAAGAAGCCCUCAGCGCGUAGGGCCUGGUAGCCAGUGAGAAGAGAACUGCCGUGGGCUUUACAGUAAGACAGGAAGUAACUCAUGAUGCCCAAGGCGGGAAGCUGGGAUGGAGCCAGCCAGGCGCGGCUGGAGACAUCCCGUGACACGGAACCCCCACCUCCGCUGUCCAGCUGCAGAGCCCCUAGCAAAGGCUGAUUUUUGCCUGCUCAGCUUAAAACCUAGGGUUCCUUCAUCCAGAUUUGGCGGUUGCUUCGUGCCCCUCUCACACAACGUAAGAUGUAGAGACAAUUUCCAGAAGCCUCUAGUAGCAGAGGGUGUGGAUUUCGGAGUCUUCUCGGUAAUACUAGACUUGGUUUCAGCCGUUGGUGAGCAUGACAGCACGUUGCCCAGAGCCGCCUCCCCUACACAAUUUGAGGAGCCCACACUUGCACACCAGAAGCGGCAGUGGCCGCGCACCAUCACCUGGAGAGGUCGAGGGUGCUGGAUUUCCAAAAGGCCAGAUGCGUGGAUGUGACCCUAUAGUGAGUGGCCCGGGAAGGCAGGAUGAUAGCUCUGAAACUCCCGGUCGUGGCUGCUCCGUAGACACUCGCGCAGUCCCAGGACAACUGGCUAGGGGACUGGGGGUGAGCUUGUUCUGAGAGAACGAUCAAAUCAAAGCCUGUGGCACUGAGGGGAGCGCAGGUCAGCUUUGAGGAUUGGGAGCGUGAUUGGGCGCUGCACAUAACAUGCCGGUAGCUCACAGCGACAGGAAUAGUGCUCGCCUUGGCCGGCUGGCUCUCGGCGACCCGCCCCGCCCCGCUUCCCAGCUGCUGGCUGCUAAUCGCUCAAGGGCUCAGCAGGAAGCUUCCUGAGCCAGGGCCCUGACUUCUGUGACCUGACUGGCCUCCAGUAACCGCGGGGAGCGGAGGUGGGGAACAUCCCCUGGAAUGCUGAGCUGAGGGAGGGGUAGCAAAUGCUAAAGAAGGGGCGAUUCCCUUGGGACUCUAGUCCUGGUGAUGUGUAGACAGGAUACCUAGAUAAGCUGAAGGCCCUCUUGGUGAACCUUUACAAUGGGAAAAGGAGCCUCAGGCUCAUCUUUCGGCUUUGAAGAUGUACUAGUCAAGAGCAAGCUGGGAUUAAGAGGCAAUUUUGCGCACUGACACCUAAGAGGAGUCCUCUGCUCAGAGAAGACUCUAGCAAGAGCUAAACCAGAGAGAACCCCAAUCUCUGGGCCAAGUUCUUGUGUCCCAUGUGAAUUCAGGGGCGCUUUCCCUUCCUAACUGCAGACAGUCUCUCAAACUGUCUGGUUUUUUACAUUCCAAGGAAUUUGCGCCCAACCGCUGCCCUCUGACCCCAGAGGAGCUCUCUUUGCUACUCUUGCCCUUGUGAAAACCAUCUCUUUGCAACACAGAGAGCGAAGUUAAAACUCCUCAAAAAAAAAAAAAGUUAUUCCUUCUAGUUUCCUCUCUCUGAUUUCCAUGCUCUGGCUGGCUGCCACAUCCUCAAUGCCAAGACAAGACAAUGGGCAGUAAAGUUGCAAGGCCCAGGAGCGCUGUCGUUUCUGGGGCCCCUCCUCCUCACAAAGUGAUUUUCAUAAGAAACACCAAGCACAGAAAUGGUGACUAAGAAAACCCUGUUCCUCAUCCUACUCGUACAUUAUGAAUUCAUUAAGUGCUCUUUCUUGCCAAUUUAUAGGCUUCAGUUUUGUUUUGCUUCCAGCUACAGUUCAUUUUCCUGGAUUUUGAAAGCAGCCCCUCCAGCAGUCUGUUCCAGAUAAGUCUUUCAGACAGAGUUCUAUUUCACAGAAGAAAAAAAAAAGUCUUAGGAAAGAUAAAAAGUCUGUCAUUUCCUACUUGGCCAGCCAUCAGUGUUUACAAGGUCUCUGAUUACAUAUGAUUCUUUAAUUUCAUAAAAUAUUAGUAAAAAUUCUGCUGAGCUAAAGAGAUAGCUCUGCACUUAAGAAUCCUUGCUGCUCUUGCAAUGGUCUAGAGUCCAGUUCCCAGAACCCACCUGGUGGCUCACAUCCAUCUGUAACUCUAGUUCCAAGGAAUCCAACACCCUCUUCUGGCCUCUGUUGACACCAGGCACAUAAGAGGUGCACAGACAUACAUGCAAGCAAAACACUCAUAGACCGAAAAUAAAAAUAAAUAUUUUAAAAAGUGAUACUGCUGCCAAAGACAGAAUUAAGUUAUAACUUAAAUUACCAAAUUAUAGAGUGUAGGUAGGGCUGGGGUUGUACUUUUGUAAUGCUAAAAAAAUGUUCUAACAGAAAUUCCUAAUAUUAGAGGUACAAAUGGAUUCAGGGAGAGUAUUGUUCCUAUGGAGAUAAAGGAUGGCAUUAAAAUGUGUGGUUCAAGAGUGAAACAUAAACUUACUGUGGCAGCACAUGCCUUUACUUUUAGCAGUAAAGGAGGCAGAGGCUGGUGGGUCUCUGAGUUUGAGGCCAGCCUGGUCUGCAUACCAACUUCUAGGCCAGCCAAUGCUGCCCAGUGAGAACCUAUCUCAAAAAAAAAGUGAAAUAUGACUAUGAUUUAUUUCAUACAAUUCUCCAUUUUCAAUUUAAAUGCCCUUCACUCAAACUAAUCAAAUUUUGCUAGAAGGAAUUUGGGGGAUUGUUAAACCAAAUCUUGACCCUUUCCUCCAAAAUCAUUUUUCUUUUUAUACAAACGUGGCAAGUGAGCUCCAAAGGGAGUAUGGUUUGUCUGAAUGGCUUGAACAUUAAUUUAUUGUUUGGCCACGAACCUAGGGUUGCCUUCCUACUAUAUUAUAUGUGACCUCAUGUAUGAUAAAAAUCAAAUCAUGCAACACACUUUACUCAGCAUUUUACUAACUUAAAAAGACUGACGUGGUUUUUGAAGAGCACAUUGCUCAUACCUGUACUGAAUCCCACCCAUCAGAACUGCCCAUGACAAUGCAUUUGUAUUCAAAGUGUCACAUUACAGAAUUAAAGAUGCUGUGGAAACUCUUGAACUCUUAACAUCAAAAUUCCAGUUUUGCAUAAAAUAAUGUGUUGUUGCUGGCUCAACCUAACAUGUUUUGCCAGAGAAGAUGUGACGGCGUGUGUUACCUGAAGACAUUUUUACAUUAUGUGUGCUUGUAAGAUCUUGUUUAGAAAAUGUAACUGUCAACCCAAAAAAAAAAUCAUUGUCAUUUAAGUAGCAGUUGUGUAGUGUUAGUAUUUUUAUUUCUGUGCAAUAUUAAGUAGUAUUAAAUAAAAAUUUAGUCUCUGUGUUUAAA